AUCAUCCUUAUACAAGUAAUUAAGUUAAACAUUAUUAUAUUUGUUAAGAGGCUAAAAAAAUGGAAAUGAGCAAGAAUGUAAGAAUGAGUGUUCUCUUGGUGGCUGCCUUAGUACUGGUAGCAACCAUGGCACCUCCGGCCACGGCUAUCCGGGGAAAAGUCCCGUUGUUGCUCGCCCUGCGACAACGAGGAAUCCCGGUGACACAAUCGGAAGAAGCGAAAAAGAUUGAGCAAGAGCUUGCAAAAAUCAUGCUAGAAGCUGUUGCUGAAUCUGAGUACAACAACAACAACAAUAACAACAACGCUCUACGUUGUAUUCCUAAGUAUAACAGGUGUGGGCCUGCUGUGGAUGGGGUUCAGUGUUGCCCUCCUUACACUUGUACCUCACAAUACUAUGGUAGUUGCUCUUAAAUAAUGGAUUAUGAUUAUAAUUAGUCCAUAAAUCUUCAACAUUAUCCUAUAAAUCUAUAUAACACAUGUUAUAUAGUUAUUGGACUGUUACUUACGGUGAUGGUACAACUAAAUAAAUAAGGUUUAUGUGACAUCGUUAUUGUACUUUUACUCUUUUGCCCGCUUAAGGUGGUUGAGCACUUGUAGUCACUAGUCAGCAACCAGCUGACCUUAUAGUAUAUUAUGAAUAUAUAAUCUAUUAUUCUUAUUA